AUCUUUACAAUCUGUAAAAUACUAGUGAAACACAUCGACAUGAAUAUCAAUCCCACGAAUUACGAACCGAUGAGUGAUUUUCCCAAACAAUUGGCUCAAAAACUCAUGGAUUGUGUCGUCAAUGAAAAUAAGGAAUACGACAUCAUAUUAGACAUCGGGUGCGGAACGGGACGGGAGACGGAACUGUUGGCCCAACGGGUGACACAUCGGCGGGUCGUAGGCGUGGACAUCGAUCCCCAAAUGGUUGAGUUCGCGGACCGGGAACACAAAUCUGUGGACACUAUCGAGUACUGGACGGUCGACAUGAGUCUCUCGUGGGACGAGUUGCCCGAUAGGAUUAGGCGUCUGGAGGGCCGGGUGUCGCUUGUAUUCUCGAACGGUGCUCUUCAGUUCAUCCGCAAUGCCGACCAAUUAAUGGCAGUAUUGAGACGAUUAUUGGCGCCAAACGGCGUGAUUAUGGCCCACCUGUUGGCCACACCCGAUGUGAACGCCUUGUUAUCCGACGAACAGAAACGCGAAUACGGUUUACGCGAUAUUAACUCGCGUUCAGUCGCUCAACAGCUUAACGUUUGGCGCGACUCCUGUUUGGCGAAUGGCAUACAAGUCGUCGAAUCCAAUGUUUUCCAACGGGUUUUCCAUUUAAACAGUCGCAAACAGAUUGGUAUAGAUAAGUAUAGAUCA